AUGCUCAGUCGUAUUUCUGAGUCGAGUAAUGUUCUAAAAGAAUACAGGAAGCAUCCAUCUGCUGGCCCAAUAGAGCUUACGCAGGCAAUGGUUCGGUCCAUUGAAGAGGCUGACAAGCCAGCCAAGAGGGGCAAGAAGCCUGAAACACAGAAGGGUGAACAGGUCACUAAGCAAACCAAGGGGCAAACCCCCAAGAAGCGAAAAUAUGAUAAAGCUGCCCCUUCUCAGGAUCAACUGAAAAAGCAAAAGAAGCCCGCUCGGCGACUUAUUUUGCAAUCUUCAAGCAAUACAGAAUAUGUCCCUCCUAAGCACAAGAACGCUCCUCCAUCGGAAUCUGAGAGCGAAAGCUCAGAAGAAGAGGCUUCGGGCCGAGGUGAUACUCUGUAA